AUGGCCGCCUCGGUAGGGCCCCAGGGUGGCCCGCGGGCCUCCGUUCCGGCUUCUAUGCCCGACAUACCAGACUUGAGCCAUCUCACAGAGGAGGAGAGGAAAAUCAUCCUGGCGGUGAUGGCGCGCCAGAAAGAGGAAGAGGAGAAGGAGCAAGCCAUGUUGAAGACGCUUCAUCAGCAAUUCGAGAGCUAUAAGGAGCAGGUAAGGCGGAUCGGGGCAGAGAACAAACGGCAACAGGCCACCCACAAGGAUGAUGCCCCGACCUGCGGGAUCUGCCGCAAGACCAAGUUUGCUGAUGGAUGCGGGCACCUCUGCUCCUACUGCCAGACCAAGUUUUGUGCCCGCUGUGGUGGAAGAGUGUCUCUACGCUCCAACAAUGUGAUGUGGGUAUGCAACCUAUGCAGGAAGCAGCAGGAGAUCCUUACUAAAUCUGGAGAAUGGUUCUCAUCAGGGCCAAGAGGCAGGCCUCUGAGCAUCGCCGGCCCUGAGGCUGACCGAGACGGGAAGCUGCGUUCCAGGUCGCAGGCUAUACCUGGAGCUAACCUAGCUAGUGCUAACAACGCUCAGCCAGCCACUGACCGGACCAAAGGAGCAGACAUGCCAGCAUCACGAGCUCGGAGCGAACCUCCACGAGAGAAGAAGAGGCCAGUGUCCCUGCAUGAACAGAAUGGCAAGAUCAUUGUCAGAGGUGAGAGGAGAGUGGGACCAGGCAGGCAGCCUAGUCAGGCUUCAGAAGAUCGUGCUCCCGGAGAAAAGCGAGAGAGCAGGCGUCUGGAAAAAGGCCAUUCGCAAGAAUAUGACCACCCUGGUGACACUGCCCACCCUGACCAGAGGCGGAGAAAAGAAGAAGAGGAACGAGAGCGGGAAAGGCAGCGACGGGAAGAGGAAUACCAAAAUCGCUACUGUAGUGAUCCCAACUUGGCCCGCUAUCCUGUCAAACCUCAGAAAGAAGAACAAGAGAUGCGUAUGCAUGCCAAAGUGUCCAAAAUGCGACAAGAACGUCACCACAGUGACAUGGCCAUCAAUGAAGUAGGCCUCGCUCAAGAUGGUUGUGAGACCCCAGGCAGCCGGCUAAGCAGGAGGGCGGCAGGCAGUGAAAAUCGCAAGGCACUACUGGAAAACCACCGGGCAUACUCUGUGGACAGGACCGUGGGGGGUAGUGCUGGUGGGGGGCCUGUACACCUCCAAAAACAGGGUCACAGUGGUUCUCACUUGAGCCCCAGGAACUCCCAAGACCUCAGGGAUGGACAGGAUUGGGGCCUCAAAGGCUACUUGGAGCCUGGCUCAGCAGCAUUACUACAUAAGACCAAGCGUGAGAAAGCUGCCGAAAGCUUCCGGAAAGAUUCUUCUCUCAGUUCGGACCAGUCAGAGUGUCUCCGACCACCUCCUCCUCGUGCUUACAGGCCCAAACGAGGCCUCAACAAGAGGCAGAUGUCCAUUAGCAGUUCAGAGGAGGAGGGAGGGUCCACACCCGAGUACACCAGCUGUGAAGAUGUGGAGAUUGAGAGCAUCAGUGAAAAAGGUGACUGGGAUUGCCAUCCUCUAGACCCCACUGUAUGGCAUCAUCCUGUUACAUGGCAGCCUUCAAAAGAGGGGGAUCAUUUGAUCGGCCGCAUCACUCUGAGCAAGCGCUCAGCCGUGCCUCGAGAAGCUGGCUCUCUGCUCGGGCUGAAGGUGGUUGGUGGGAAAAUUACAGAGACCGGGAGACUUGGAGCGUUCAUCACCAAAGUAAAGAAAGGAAGUCUCGCAGACGUUGUAGGCCAUUUACGAGCAGGUGAUGAGGUGUUGCAGUGGAAUGGAAAGGCGUUGCCUGGAGCAACCAAGAAAGAAGUGUACAACAUAAUUUUAGAGUCGCAGUCCGCACCGCAAGUGGAAAUAGUUGUUUCAAGACCAAUUGGAGACAGACCAAGACAUCCAGAGAAGACACAUCCUCCUCUUGAAUCUACUGGUUCCAGUUCUAUCGAUGAGUCUCACAAGGUGGACCGUCCCUCCAUCUCCGUCAUGUCCCCCACCAGUCCGGGAAUGUUGAGAGAUCUGCCUCAGGACCUACCAGGCCAGCUUUCAGUGAAAUUGUGGUACGACAAAGUGGGCCAUCAGCUUAUCGUCAACGUAUUACAAGCCAUAGACCUGCCUUCUCGUCCAGACGGCCGACCACGCAACCCUUACGUCAAAAUGUACUUCCUUCCUGAUCGGAGUGACAAGAGCAAGAGGAGGACGAAGACGGUGAAGAAGAGCUUGGAACCAAGGUGGAACCAGACAUUCCUUUAUUCACAUGUUCACCGUAGGGACUUCAGAGAGCGCAUGCUGGAGAUCACUGUAUGGGACCAGCCGAGAGCGCAGGAGGAGGAGAGCGAGUUCCUUGGAGAGAUCCUGAUCGAGCUCGAAACGGCUCUGUUGGACGAUCAGCCGCACUGGUACAAGCUGCAGACCCAUGAUGUGUCGUCUCUCCCUCUACCCCAACCCUCCCCGUACCUCCCCCGCAGACACAUCCACACCGACAGCCCCAGCAAGAAGCUGCAGAGAUCUCAUCGCAUCAUUGAGACUGAUUAUGAUGAUGCUAUUACGGUAGUGUCUUCAGCAGCAGAGAGGAACUCCAGAGAGAGGGAAAGGUGCAGCACACUGACGGUUCCCGAGAGGCAGGCAGCCAUUCAGCAUCGCUCUCGCUCUGUCUCCCCACACCGAGAGGACCAGAGUAGAGGACGUUCACGCCACACACAUGUCCCCAUGCAGAGGAGUCUUGAUGAAAUUCGCCAGAAACGGCAUCAUUCCCAGUCACCCACUCACUACUAUAAUCCACAGCAGGAGCAUCGAUCUGGAGACUCAGACUAUGACUACUCAGAGGACAGUGAGGUCCUGGAGAUGCACAGAUCAAUCCGGGGUGGAAGCGCUGAGUGCCUGCACACAAACAGCUCCACCCUCCCUGCAUGCCUAAAGAGCAAAUCAACACGGCGACUAGAAGGGGGUGGGGUUUCACCUCGUAGCCCCGCCCCACAGCGUGUGCUCAGAUUUACCGAUGAGGUCAGCAUUAGUGACCUUCAGCCUUCUUUGGACAGAGUGCGAAGUGCCAGUACAACCUGUUUGAGGCCUGAGAGCAGUUUCCGUUCCCCUGACAGAGAAAGGCUGUCAGGCAGUUUGGACAAGCCUGUGUGCACAAAAACGAACAAGAAAUCCAUUGACAAUGACAGGAUCCAGCCCACCUCUAUCCUGCGGGGCAGCAGGUGGAGGAGAGAUGGCCCAAUCCGGCCUUUUGGGCACUCCAGCCAGGACAGAGCACAUCUGCAUGGUGGACAUAACUCCCCUACAGAGUCUCCCUUAUCAGUGCGCAGGGGUAGACAGCUCCCACAACUCCCUGCUAAGAGCAGCAGUAUCGAGCAAGCUCUGGCAGUAGAAGAGCGAGCUCGGCAGGUGAGUCAGAUGCGGGUUCCAUCGUAUCGGCCAGGUUCGUCUGCCAGCUCUGCCCACGAACAAGACAUGGAUCUGAAGAACAAGAGAGAUAUGUAUAAGAGGAGCUGUGAUAACAUGUCAGCGAGGUCAUCGGACAGUGACGUAAGUGACGUGUCAGCCGUCUCGCGAGCCAGCAGUGCCUCUCGUCUCAGCAGCGCCAGCUACAUGUCUGUCCAAUCAGAGAGGCCACACGGACGGAUCAGUCGGCAGGUUCGGGCCUCGGCGGGCCGCAGCAUGUUAAAGAGCACGAGUGUGAGCGGUGAAAUCAACACACCGGAGCGUACAGACGGCAGCCAGUCGGACACAGCGCUCGGCACGGUGGGCAGCAGCAGCAGCAAGAAGCGUCGUGCCAGCCUCAAUGCCCGCUUUGUAGCCAUUGUGGGGAACAGGCGUAGCCGCAGCACCUCCCAGAUCAGCCAGACAGAGGCGUCCAAUAAAAAGUCAAAGGGAGGUGGGACAAUACAGCGGAGCCAGGAGACAGGCAUGGCCGUCGAGCUGCAGCACAAUAUGAGUCGACAGCCGAGUCGCGAGUCCAACAACGGCAGCAUGGCCAGCUACAACUCCGAGGGAAGUCCCAUCUUCCCAGCCGUGAGGGUGGACACUCAGUUCAGUGACUUCCUAGAUGGACUGGGUCCUGCCCAGCUCGUGGGCCGACAAACUCUGGCCACUCCUGCUAUCGGAGACAUCCAGAUUGGCAUGGUGAACAAGAAGGGAAAGCUGGAGGUGGAGGUGAUCCGAGCCCGUGGCCUCAUCCAGAAACCAGGAUCCAAGUCUCUUCCGGCUCCGUACGUAAAGGUGUACCUACUGGAAAACGGGGCAUAUGUGGCCAAAAAGAAAACGAAAAUUGCACGGAAAACGCUGGACCCACUGUACCAGCAAACCCUGCAGUUUGAAGAGAGCCCACAAGGGAAAGUGUUACAGGUCAUUGUCUGGGGAGAUUAUGGACGAAUGGACCACAAAUCUUUCAUGGGAGUAGCACAAAUCCUAUUGGAGGAGCUGGACCUGGCCAGCAACGUGAUUGGCUGGUACAAACUGUUUCCACCCUCCUCUUUAGUAGACCCCACGCUAGCGUCGCUGACUAGGCGAGCUUCCCAGUCAUCUCUGGACAGUUCUUCAGGACCUGGUGGGGUUCGAUCCUAGUGCACUAAUUUACAAAGCACACUCCACACUCCAGAGAAUCACCCGAGGACCUGACAGGACCACAAUCAGAGGCAGAGCGAAAAAAAAUGCGAUGAACAAAAGACAAAGCUUUGACGAAAAAUGACAAUCACUCCUGUCGAAUACAUUGGGUUCGUAUUGUUUAUUUUUUCCCCCUCUGUUGUGCGUGUACGAAA